AUGACAAAAGCCUUGUGGACGGUGGAAGAGGAACGAAAGGAAGAGGAACGUCGGUCUAAAAACGUCCUAUCAGGAUUAGAACCUCAGCCGGGAAUUGCUGACAUGGAGUUAGUUUCAAAAUUCUGUGAAGAUAACUUGACAAUCAAACCUCAGAUAAUUAGAACCCGCCGUUUUGGUAAUUGCAAGAUGUGCGUAACUCUCAAUAACUCAACAUCUGUUGAAGAUUUAAUAGCUUCAUCUAGAAUCCUCAGAGCAUCACCAACUACUAAAAAAAUCUUCAUAAAUCCUGAUCUUUCCAAAAGACAAGCAGAACUGGCUUAUCUAAAAAGGCAAGAAAGGCUUUAUAAACCUGAAAUUUUUUCUGUUAUUGAAACUUGGUUAACUCCAAAUGAUCCUGAUAGUUUAUUUUUUCCACCUGGUUAUGUCUUUGUUCGAUGGGACCGUGAAACACGUGGUGGCGGUGUGGCUUUUAUUAUCAAGGACACCGUUCCCUACAGGGUUGUCUCGGUGUCAUCAGCAUUUUCACAUAUUGAGAUAGUCUCUAUCGACAUUGCUAUCUCAAACAAGAAUUACCGCUUUAUUUCAUAUUAUCGCAGUGGUGGUUUCGAUAUGUUGGCAGAAAAAUAUGCAUUCGACAGCGCUCAAUGUAUAAAGGAACUUUGCAAAGGUGAUAUAAACUGUUUGAUGGGUGAUUUCAACCUUCCCAAUAUCGACUGGAUAAAUUACUCUGCACCGAACAAUUGUAUCUAUGACAUCUUUAUGGAUCUUUUCAGUGAAUUGGGUCUUCACCAAUUG